GCUGCCAUCGUAGAAACGGGUGGCUUCUCGCGGUACCGGCUGACAGAACCGCCGCCUCCCGGAGCCGCCGGGGCUCCCCGUCAUCGUGUGGGAUAUGCUUGGGAGGAGCAGUGGUGAUCGACUCGACGAACAGGCUGCCCACGCGAGCCCCGCCCUGGUCAUCCCGGCGUGCCCCGUGGGCUGAGACGGCCGGGAGCCGCAGACCGGAAGCGCGACUGCCGCCAUAUUAGCUGCGGGCAGACGCCGUGCUGGCACCAUCGCAGGAACGGGCAGGUUUUUCACUCCCGGGAGCACGGCGAUGGCGGACCUGCCGCGCCCCGGAGCCUCCGGGCAUCCCGGCUGUGGUGUGGGAGACGAUCGGUCCGCGUUUCGCCCUGCAGCAGCAGCGACGGGGUCUGGGAACGGGCUGCCCGCGCUGGCGGAGCCCCGCCCCGGUGCUGUCCCGCCCCUGUCCCGGCGUGCCCCGCCAGCGGUGAUGGCGGAGGGCAGCGGCAGCGGCGGCGGUGCGAGCGGCCGGGGGCCGCCGUGCCCCGGGGCGGCCUCGGCGUUCCGGCGCUGGGAGCAGCUGCGGCGGCGGGCUGCGACACCCUGGGCCCGCGGGCUCCUGGCCGCGGCCGCCGGGCUCGGUCUCCUGUACGCGGUGCUGCGGGUGCCGGUGCGGCUCCGGGACGGCCUGGCGGCCGUGACCAUGUUCUUAAGCACUUUGACUCCAAAAUUCUACUUUGCCCUGACAGUAACUUCAUCUUUUAUAUCUGGACUGAUAUUUGUGUUUGAGUGGUGGCACUUCCGAAAAUAUGGCACAUCUUUCAUUGAGCAGGUUUCUGUGAGCCAUUUGAGGCCCCUCAUCGGGGGUGCAGAGAGCAGCCCCCCAGCUCCAGCAGCCUUCUUGGCCGGGGAGAAUGAGACCAGCAGGCAGAACAUGCCAGAGUGCAAAGUGUGGCGAAAUCCUCUCAAUCUUUUCAGAGGGGCAGAGUAUAGCAGAUACAUGUGGGUGACUGGGAAGGAACCUCUUACUUACUAUGACAUGAAUUUGUCUGCUCAAGAUCAUCAGACCUUUUUCACGUGUGACACGGAUGCCCUCCGGCCUUCAGACACAGUUAUGCAGAAAGCGUGGCGAGAGAGGAACCCGCAGGCCCGGAUUAAAGCAGCGUAUCAAGCUCUGGAGUUGAACAAUGAUUGUGCUACUGCAUAUGUCCUCCUGGCUGAGGAAGAAGCAACAACUAUUGUGGAUGCUGAGAAAUAUUUCAAGCAGGCUCUGAAAGCAGGAGAAAUGAUUUACAGAAAAUCUCAGAACUGCCAUUCCCAGAGCCCCCAGCAUGAAGCACAGCUGAGAAGAGACACCAAUGUAUUGGUCUAUGUGAAAAGGAGACUAGCUAUGUGUGCCAGGAAACUUGGAAGAAUACGAGAAGCAGUAAAAAUGAUGAGAGAUUUGAUGAAAGAGUUUCCACUUCUCAGUAUGCUGAAUAUCCAUGAAAACCUCCUAGAGGCCCUUCUGGAGUUACAGGCUUAUGCAGAUGUCCAGGCAGUUUUAGCCAAGUAUGAUGAUAUCAGUCUUCCCAAAUCAGCAGCAAUAUGUUACACAGCAGCUCUGCUAAAAGCCAGAGCUGUUUCAGAAAGGUUCUCCCCAGAAACUGCCUCCAGGAGAGGACUUAGUACAGCAGAAAUUAAUGCUGUGGAAGCAAUUCACAGAGCUGUGGAAUUUAACCCUCAUGUUCCAAAGUAUUUACUAGAGAUGAAGAGCCUAGUGCUGCCUCCAGAGCACAUUCUGAAGCGAGGGGACAGUGAGGCAGUAGCAUAUGCUUUUUUUCACCUCCAGCACUGGAAGAGGAUAGAAGGGGCUCUCAAUCUGCUGCACUGCACAUGGGAAGGCACAUUUAGGAUGAUCCCAUACCCAUUAGAGAAAGGACAUCUUUUCUAUCCCUACCCGAGCUGCACAGAAACAGCAGACAGAGAACUGUUGCCAACAUUUCACGAAGUUUCCGUCUACCCCCAGAAGGAACUUCCCUUUUUCAUCCAUUUCACAGCAGGCCUGUGUUCCUUUUCAGCCAUGCUGGCCCUCCUAACCCACCAGUUCCCUGAGCUGAUGGUCAUUUUUGCAAAAGCUGUGCUGCGGGUGCUGUGGCCAGUGAGUGCUCCCAGUGUUCUGGCCUCCAGCUGAAGGGCCUGCGCCAGGGUGCUUUGGGACUCUUCUUUCACCUUUCAUCUUCACUAUGGGACCUGCUGCUGUCCAGCCCCUGGCAUCAGCUGACUGGUGUGACUGACGUGUAUUUUCCAUGAUAGUUUGAUUUUAUUCUUAUGAGCCUCACUUGGUGGUUGGCUGACCCCCAGUUGUGGGAGCCAAGGAAGAAAUGUGGGCUCUUCAAACUGAUAUCCUUGACUGGCUUCCAUGCUGAUGGUGCUUAACAUGUGAAUUUCUCCUUUGGCCUUAAUCUGUAAUCAUCUAAGAAAAUAGUUCUUGUUGAGCAAUAGUUUAUUGCUCUUUAAAUCACUUGGACAACUGGAAGCUCAUACUUCCUCUGUUAAGAAAGGAGAAUACACAAACUGAGCAGGUGUUUGGAGUACUGAUGCUUCCUUCUCAGCUGCAGAUGCACCAGAUACUUGGCUUAGAUUUAAUUUCAUAAGCCUUUUCAAAAUAUUUGUUAGCAGCAAAGUAUGGUUCUGCUUUCUUUAUUAAAAAGUUGCUACUUAAUACAUUGAAUUUGUUGACUUCUUAAGUGUCUGUUAAAUAUAGAUUACAAUGUGCAAACAAAGAUUUGUUUCUUCUUUAUCUUAUGAGCUUGCAUUACGCAAGGAGAUGGUAAACUCCUCUAUUUCACAUUACUUAUUUAGAUUUAACUGUGCAUCUUUUAUUCUUCAAGACAAGGCAUUUUGAAAGACAGGAUGGCUUCUGAAACUGCCCAGUGUUGUGGUAUCUGCAGGGGAGUCUGUUGGGAGACCUAAACCUUCAGGUGUUAGUCCAAAGUAGGUUCAGUGUUGUUAUGAGGACUUGAAGAGAAUGGAGAUGUGGAAAACUCUUUAAAGGAUUUGCUUCACAUGCAGACCAGCCCUGAGGGUUUGUUUACUGCAGAGGUGAAAAGAUGGCUGUGGCAGCCACGUGGUUUGAGGUAAUUGGUGUGACUUCCAUUUCCACUCUCCCAUUAGAGCAAAAGAACAAUUAAUUAUUUUUCUUUUUGCUUAUUUUUAAAUCUUUCUUUAUCUUGUAAACCAAGUUCUGUGAAGCAGAAAGUCACCUCUGCAUCUCGUGUGAAGGUAGUUUAUUUAUAACUCUGAAGGAAAACGUACUUGCUUAGGUAGAAAUGCCAUUGUUUGCUCUCCACUGUAUAUUUCUGUUGACUGGACUUAAAUCCAGGUUAACUGUUCGAAUUCAUCAAGGAAUCAAAAGGGAAGCCCUACAGAAAGAUACUACCAGUGUUUUUAGAGUUACCUAACUACUAGAAUAUAAUUUUCUCAACUUUUUUUCCAGUUGGUCACUGGGGCUGUUCUCACCUUGGAAUCACUGUGAUGAUUAAUAGGCCUGUUGUGUUCAUGUGAUUUCACUUCAUGGUCUGCAGGGGCCCAUAAGGUAACCAGCCUAAUGCUUUUUAAAGUUGAACCUUUUCCAGCAGUUGUGUGGGGUUAUAAAUGAAGCUCUGCCUCCCAUGUAUCAUCCCAAGAGCUGCUUUCUCUCACUGUCCUCCCUUGACAUAACAGUAACAGAAAGGGGAUGGGCUUGUUCUGAAAGGAGAGCUGGCAGCAGGCUGUGUAAUGAAAAUCUUCCUGUCUCUAGAAGUGCCAGCAAUCCUAGGAAGGAGUGCUGUCUGUGCAGGAUUGUCCAUGUUUUUGGGAAGUGUUCCUUUGCCACUUAGGAGCAGACACCUGACCCAUACCUUAAUAAUACCAUAUCAAUUGUGUGUCUGUGUGUACACAUAUACAUCUGUAUGUAUAUAUACAUUCAAAAUUACAGUUAUUACUUAGGACAAGAUGAAUAGUGAUGUAACUUUGAAACAAGGACUGUGGUGACUUUACAGCCAUUGGGAUGGCAAUAGCUUUUCCACAAGGCUUUAUGUGGCGGAGGUGAGGCAGUUCAGACUAAUAAGUAUUUCAGGGUAACAAGGUCUGUUCAUUGCAGCCCUAGUUCAUGUGGGCUAUAAAUCACAUCAGAAUUCUGGGGAGUAAUCUCUGAUAGGUAUUUACCAUGCUGGGAGCCCUUCAUUUUUGAAAUUUGGAAUAGAUGCCUGUUAGUAGCUUUUGUGCAUGUGUGUCUGUGGCAGAGGACUUUUCAUGCUGUCAGACACCUUGGUCACUGAGGUUAUGGGGACAAAUUCAAAUAGAGAUGGCCCUGGAGUGGUUCUCCAUCCAGAUUUGUCACAGGCCAGUUCCCUUCCUGCAUCUCUCCAGCCCUGGCUAGGCAAGUUUAUUCCCUGCUCCUCAUCCUGGAAUUGUUGUGAGGGUGCCAAACCUCAUAGAUCCAUGACUCUGAGCAAGGCAGGGUGUAAAGGUCAUAGUUGAGACCAUUAAUAACAAGGUGCAAACGGCUGGUUUAUAUGUAAUGUGAAGCUUUUUACUUAUUUCAUUUUUGCACUUUGGGGGCUCUGUUUGCUUAUGGAGCACUUGGUGUCUGGUACCUAUUUAGCCUGAGAGCAGGCAAUUGGGUUCCUUCAGGCCUUCAGAGGAAUGCAGAAAAUUGUUCUCUGGUGUUGUAAUUCUGCUGGGAUAACUGGAGCUUAUUUGUCUCACUGCUUAUUAAAUGCAUACUUGUCUAGAGGUCCUCUUUUUUUUUUUUUCUUCUUUUUUUUUUUUCCUGAGAAACGUUGGGUGAAUCCCAAGGACCACAAGUGAGAGGAAGAUUCCAGGAGGAGGGGGAGAGGGAAGUGCCUGCACCUCUCCACAUGCUGCAUCAUCCACUCCAGUGCCAGCAGAAUGAAGAGGUUAAAUAUGAGAGCAGACUCCCUUAGGGAAAGGAGAUGUAUGUAUGGGGCUCGGCCAGACAUAAAUUACUAUUGCCCUUCCCCCUGCUCAGAGGGGAGACAGUGAGGGGAGCAGCACCUCCCAAGCACUGAUGUUUGGGGCGUGUGUUUGGGAGCCAGUGAGGCUGUGCUGAGGUGUCAGAAUGGGCCCAGCUGUACAGGCCAGGAGCACGUGUGAGCUGUGCUGUGCCCCUGGCACAGGGCACCGUGGGGUUCAUGGAAUCAUGGAAUACCCAGAGCUGAAGGCACCUGCAAAGAUCAAGUCCAGCUGCUGUCUCUGCUCAGGACACCACUAUGAUCCCACCCUGUGCCUGAAGAGCAUUGUCCAAAGGCUCCUGGAGCUCUGGCAGCCAAGGGGCCAUGACCAGUCCCUGGCAAGCCUGUUCAGUG